AUGUGCGGGCGAUACGCUUUGGGCGUGCGCUUGGCGUACAUCCAACAACACCUGCAAGACCAAGGCAUGCAAGUCGAUGAAGCACCAGACGACGAUGAAGUCAGGGAGACAUAUAACUUUGCACCGGGCAAUCUCGGCGUUGUCUAUCGCGCUGAUAUCACCGACAAGGGGAGCGACAAUUCUCAGCAAGAUACUGAUAGCGCACAGCAAACCAAAAUCUCAGAGAAGGGAGAUAGCGUCAGCUUGAAGGAUAAAGUAGACAUUUCAGAUAUCAAAUACAAACUCCAGAGCAUGAAAUGGGGACUCAUCCCAUUCUGGACGAAACGCCAGCCGGAUUAUGGAUCCAUGAUGCGAACAAUCAACUGUCGUGAUGAUUCGCUGAUUGAAGAUUCGGGGAUGUGGACUACCAUGAAGCGACGAAAGAGGUGUAUUGUCAUCUGCCAGGGCUUUUACGAAUGGCUGAAGAAGGGGCCUGGGGGUAAAGAAAAGGUUCCACACUUUGUCCGGCGCAAAGACGGGAAGCUGAUGUGUUUCGCUGGACUGUGGGACUGUGUUUCCUAUGAGGGUUCUGACGAAAAGCUCUACACAUACACGGUGAUCACGACCUCUUCUAAUUCCUACCUGAAGUUCUUGCAUGAUCGUAUGCCGGUCAUUCUGGACCCAGGAAGUCAGGCAAUGAAAAACUGGCUGGACCCCAGCCAAAAGACGUGGUCAAAGGAACUACAAUCAAUUCUCAAGCCAUAUGAGGGCGAGCUGGAAUGCUAUCCUGUCCCCAAGGAGGUUGGAAAAGUUGGAAAUAAUUCUCCGAAUUUCAUUGUUCCUGUCGACAGCAAGGAAAACAAGAGCAACAUUGCAAAUUUUUUUGCCAAUGCGAAAUCGAAGGAGGAUUCAGGCUCAUCUCCAAAAAAGGAGAGUAUGUCGCCGAAAACAAAGAUUGUCAAGGACGAGGAUCGCCGCCCUACUAAAAACUCGGAAUGGUCCGAGGACAAUGCCCCAAAGCCGGUCCCAGGUGUCAAAAGAGAGCAUAGUCCAGAAUUUUCUGGCGCUACAGAGGAAAGUAAGAAGCAAAAGGCCAAUGCGGAUUACACGGGGCCAUCGCCACAAAAGAAAAAGUUACGCAGUGCUACGCAUAAUACUCCUAUAAAGAAGUCCACUGGGACGAAGGCAGCAGAUGGAUCGCAGCGGAUUACGAGCUUCUUUAAAAAGUGA